UUUUUUUGUCAUUCACGACAAAUUAUGGGGGGAAAACUGAAUGCUAUAUCCGCACUGCCAUCUUGUGGGCAACUCUACUUCCAUGUUGGUCAUGCGCGCAGAGUGAAUUCCUGGCUAAAACCGGAGAGAUUAACGAAACGGCUGGUGGUGUCGUUCUUCCUCUCUUCUGCUUGAGCUUUUAACGGUGAAAUUUGAUUUGAUAAUCUCUGGAAGUAUGUCUUUUUGCACAUUUUCUGGUGGUGAAAUCUUUAAAGAUCACUUUGAAAGUGGUAUGUAUGUGUGCUCAGAGUGUGGCCACGAACUCUUCUCUAGCAGGACCAAAUACGAUCAUUCGUCCCCCUGGCCAGCAUUCACUGAAACUAUUCACGAGAAUAGCGUCUCGAAGAAAGAGGAAAGGCCGGGAGCAUUUAAGGUUCGUUGUGGAAAGUGUGGAAAUGGACUGGGCCAUGAAUUCGUGAACGACGGACCCAGGCAUGGACAGUCGCGCUUUUGAAUAUUCAGCAGCUCGCUGAAAUUCGUCCCUAAAGACACGGGCGGUCAUUAAGGCGAGCUGUGUGAGAAGGUGGUGAACGUACGGUAGGAAUGUAACGGAGGUGGGCAGUCAUGGUGCGCAGUGGGGCCUGUUGAUGACGUGUGCUGAUCUAAAGCCCAGAACGGGAAGGUCAGGACACAGAUGUACCUGUGGUCUCACUGUCCAUCCAGGGCCACCAUGCUCCAAAAACACCUGGCUCUAACAAGCAGUCAACACGCACAAAUUGCACAUUCAAGAUUUGUUAAAAAUUGUGGACAUUACAUAUUGCAUCAUAUCAUAGAUUACUGGAAGGUUUGAUUAUGGUUAUGGAAUUUAGCACAUGCUUUUGUCCAAAGCGACUUACAAAAUAAAACAAUACAAUAGUUAAAAACAGUAUACCAUUUGAUAAGACUAGGCUUACAUGAAAAUAGUGAUAAUAACAAUAUCUAUGCAAUAUCAAUGACAAUUAAAAUAAAACAAUUACCAUAAAUGUAUGAACCAUAACUCACAAGAACCACUUUACUAAUUAAGUGUAAGCAGAAUAUAUAUGGAUACAAUUCAUGCCUAAGUCAAAGUAGACAGAAGUUUGAUAUCAGCAAUGCCUGUGAAAAAUGUAUGAUUGCUCCUUCUGUUUUAUUUCAUGAAGAUAUAACUUUUCUGUAUUCACAGUAUGUGUAUUGCAAUAAAACACUGAAUCACAAGAUAUAAA